AUGUCUACCUGUACAACCCAACUUUAUGGUGGUGCAAUUACUACCGUUUUGCCUUUAGGGUUCAUGGAUGUAUCAAUGCUAAGGGAAGUGCCGGAUACUCAGGAGGUAUUUGUUAAUAGUCGCACUCCACAGGAAUGUGCUCAUGCAGAGGAUGGCCUAGCAGAAAACGAAAGUAUAAUUAUUGACUUAUUACAAAUGGUGGAGGCUCCUUCUGAUGAUGAAGCCUUGAAUGUGCAUAUUGAAGAUGUGACAUCAUUGAAUGGUGGAGAUGCCUGGGAUACUGUAAAGAAAGAAACUCAGCCAGAUGGUACCAUUACUUGCAUAUUAACUGAAUCUGUGCACAAAUGGGGUAAACAGGAUAUGAGAGAAACGUUGGCAAUCUGUCUUGCAUUAAAACGAAUGAAGGAUGUUGAAACAGAUGCGUUAAUAUCAAUAAAUGUACCUUUAAAAGCUGAAGAGGUAGAGCUCUUAAGCAAAACCGAAGAGGUCAAGAGACUUACAGCAAGUUACGAUGUCCUAAAGAAUAUUGUAAAGGAAUUCAAAGUUUUAGACAAGUCAUUGUUCGCCUGA